AGCCAUAGUCAUAGUUUCAUACUCCACAACCGCAUACUUUACUAAUACAUGCCAUAGUCGUUACAACUUACACAACCACACAAAUAUACACAUAUCAACUUUCCACACCUGUGGAUAUGUAAUACUAUAUCAAAAGCUAAUAUGCACAUGCAAAACAUUCUCAAAAUAUUUUUUACAAAAGAGGUGUGGAUCACUGGCCAAAAUCCUGAGUAGUCGUCCAAACACAGAAUAAUUGAAGACCAUACAUCAUCUUGCCUUCAACUCUUGCUCAGCUUCCUGAGAGAAACUUUGAAUACCGAGUCACGAGUGUGGAGGAGCAAGAGAAUCCUUUUUAUGAUCUUGCAUGGUAUCUUGCCCUCCAAACCGUGCUUGAGGACAUGGAUGGGAAGGAGAAGGAAGAGGUUGAAGAGGAGGAAGUAAGCAUUGAGGAAGGGGAAGAUCUUGAUUAUUCCCAAGGGGCGGAACGAAUUGAAGAAGGAGGAAGGGAGGUUGAAGAUGAAGUUGAAGUAGCAAGUGGUGUCCAAGAUGAGGACGAGGUCGGGGUGGAUGAAGCAUCCACAAGUUACAAGUGCUAUGUAAGCUUUCCACCCGACCUCGAUGCACUUUUGGAAAAGGACCCAUUUGAGACUCUUUGCCAAUCCAAGGCCAAACCAUCGGAGAUCCCUCUUGGUGGAUGCGAUGGAAGCCAAUCGAGUUUGCACUAUAUGGUAUGGGGCAAAGAGAAUGAAGAAGAAAGAAAGAAGGAGAGGUCUCGUGGGUGGAGCCUCAUGACAACUCAAGUUCACGAGCCUUCAAUCAUGGAUUCAUCCAAAGCUCGUGACUUGAGACACCACCUCAUCAAUGAGAAACUCAACUUCAAGGAGGUUCUUGGGUGGACCGAAACUUGAAGAGCAACCGUCCGGCUCACGGCGUUAAAGAAGCAUUUGUUGGGAGGCAAUCCAACCACCAUCGGUUUGUUUCCUUUUGGCUUCAAUAAGUCGACCUUUUGUUU